AUGGCCGGGCUUAUUGCAGGGUUCCGCUUGCUUGAAAAGGGCUCGAAGGGAGAAGAGCAACUUCCUCCGCGACAAACCAUUGGUCUUAUGGUGUCUCCAAAAAAGGAACAUGAGCAAAGGGUCUUGGAGAUUGCGCGGAUCGCCGGUGGGCAUAUUGGGCUUGAUCCGGAAUCGGAUUUGACUUUGAGUGAUAUUCGGCUCGACCCCCGGUUUUAUGGCCCUGGAUAUGGCAUUCUCGACACUGCUACCGAACGAAGUUUGAGAGAAAUAGCUACCAAAGAGGGAGUUCUCAUGGACCCUGUCUACUCAGGAAAGGCGGCAAGGGGAAUGAUUUCAUCCAUCAGAAGCGGAGAAUUGAACCUGGAUGCUAGAAAGCGGGGACACACUGGGGAAAGGCCUCUGAAUAUUCUCAUGCUUCACACUGGUGGUCAAACUGUCUACUCUGCAUAUGCAUAA